AAAACAAAAAUUUAAGGCCAUUCAUUUAAAAUCUGAUUCAGCUGUGGUACCAAACGUUAUUUGUUUUUAAACACAAAUUAAAUGUAGGUAAUCUUCAAGUGGCUGUUGCCGAAGAAAUCACCUCAUAACUGCUAACUUGGUCAAUGUUGAAUAUUGGCAAAAACCAAUAGAAAAACGAGUAUGAGCAUUUGAACGAAUUUGUAAACACAAUUCAAUGCUGAGGGAGCCCGGCUCAGUGGGUUUUUAACCAAAGAACUUGACGGUUGAUUGCCGCGCGGAUUUUCCCCCCAAAAUAACAAGAUGCCAUCCACCAAGUGGCUCCUCCUUGGGCUUCUAGUUGUAUUCUUGGCCCAAACGGAGGGUGCCUCCAAAAGAGUGAAACUGUGUCUUCAACCGACAAUAAGCGGCAGGUGUUUCGGCUACGUGGAGAGCUUCGCCUACAAUCCCAUCAAGCGCCACUGCGAACCCUUCAUCUACGGAGGCUGUGGCGGCAACGACAACCGAUUUGCCACAAAAGUUGAGUGUGAGUUCAACUGUCGUGAUAUUUGAAAAUGUCAUCUGGAAUGAAAUGAAAUGGGGGGCGUUCUUUGGUGACUGAGAUUAUUUACAAAACAGACUGUGUAGAGAGCAAUUAAAUAAAUGAAAAAAAAAA